AUGGCAGGCAAAUUCCUGACAGUCUUCUCUCUUCUGGCCAUUGCUGGCUCUUGCUGUGCAGGAUUCGCCGCUACCUACGCCGGCUACCAUCCAGCUUAUGCCACUUAUCAGGCUCCAGCCGUCUACCAUGCCGCUCCAGUUGCUCAGGCUCCAGCCGUCUAUCAUGCCGCUCCUGUUGCCCAGGCUGCUGUCUACCACCAGGCCGCUCCUGUCCUGGCCAAGACGGUGUUGCCAGCUGCUCCCGUUUACACCAAGUCAUAUGCCCUGCCCUCUCCCUUUGUGAAGACGGUGGCCGCUCCUCUCGCCCUCCCAGUUGCAGCUGCGGUGGUUAAGACUCUGGCUGCUGCUCCAGUGGUGGCUGCUGCUCCCGUUGUGAAAACCGUGGCUGCCGCCCCUGUUCUGGCUGCUGCUCCUCUGGUUAAGCAAGUGGAGCUGGAGUCCUCACCAAGGUACGACUUCUCCUACGGAGUUCACGACAGCAUCACCGGAGACAUUAAGAGCCAGGUAGAGACCCGUGACGGCGGCAACGUGGUUGGCUCCUACUCCGUCCUGGAUGCUGAUGGAUACAAGCGCACGGUCACCUACACCGCCGACGACAUUAACGGAUUCAACGCAGUGGUCCAGCGUGAGCCUGUGGUGGCCGCUCGUGCCGUUGCUGCUUCGGUGAUUCCGGUGGCUGCUCCUGUGGCCCCUGUUUCCGUCCCCGUCCCCGUUCCCGCUCCUGCUCCCGUGGCCUCUUUCUCUUCGCCGAUCUACUAUCCCCAGCAGCAGGUGUUUGCUCCUCAGGAAGUCCAGCAGCAGCAGCAGCAGGGAGAGGUUGUGGAGGCUCCCGCCGCCACCCAGCCCGAACUAGAGCCCACGCCCGUUGACUACAACGAGGAGCAACAGCAACAGGAGCAGCAGCAACAGCAGGAGCAGAGCUAUCCCCAGGAUCAGCAGUUCCCGCCCUACUCGCCAGCCUCCCCCGUUGCCGAUAGCGAUGAUUCCGAUGUGGUGGAGGCACGAUCCGCUCCCGAAGCCAGCAGCACCACCUCCACCACGGCCGCACCCGCGCCAGUCACCGAGGAGGAAACCAAAAAGACGGCCUAGAUAGCGAUACAAACUGACGAUUAAAAUGCGAAAAUAAACUCAACAAAUGUACAAU